AAAACGGAUUUUUCUUUUCACCAAAUAUUAAAUUUCCCACCAAUCACCGGAGUUGGUUUCCAGUUCCCACAAAGCAAUUCACCGUCUCCUUCACGAUCUCACACUCUUCUAGCUUCCUCCAGUAGAAACUUCGGAAAAUUCCCGGAAAAUCGUCGAGAAAUUCUCGCCGGAAGUUUCAGAAGUCGCUGAAAGCUCAUGCUGUAUGCUCCGUAAAUUUUCCUGGAAGGAGACGAAGAAAAGAGGGAGUUCUUUGAUGGCUUGGCUGUUGGUUAUUACUGCCUUCGUUGUAAUUUGGAUUGCUUCAUUAUGCAAAAUUUUUCAUGCAUCAGUUUCAUCAUCCAGGAGUGCUUUCUUAAAUGAUGGCACUCCUCAGAAGAAAAAUAUCUUGCUGGUCAUUGCCCAUCCAGAUGAUGAGUCUAUGUUUUUUUCUCCAACAAUGAACUUCCUCACAUCAAGGGGCCAUAAACUUUAUAUUUUAUGCAUGUCAAUUGGUAAUGCAGAUGGCAUGGGAACCAUGAGAAGAGAAGAGCUAUACAAAGCUUCCACAGUUCUUAAGGUUCCCCUCAAUCAAGUGAAGAUCCUGGAUCAUCCAGAUUUGCAGGAUGGUUUUGGCAAAGUGUGGGAUCAUAAAUUGCUGGCAGGGAUUAUCGAACUGGAAAUAUCAAGCCAUGGGAUUGACUUGAUUAUUACUUUUGAUAGCUAUGGAGUUUCCGGUCACUGUAAUCAUCGUGAUGUGCACAAUGGGGUGCGAGGUUUCUUGCACAAUAAGGCUCCACAAAGUUUUGAGGCAUGGGAACUAGUCAGUACCAAUAUACUGCGCAAGUAUAGUGGUCCAUUUGAUAUCUGGUUAUCUAGUAUGUUUUCCAAAGAGCACCCAAGUGGAAUGAUGCAUUGCUUGUUAAAUGAACGCCCACGGCAAAGCUACCUCGCAAUGGCACAGCACGCAAGCCAAUGGGUUUGGUUUCGGAAGCUCUUCGUUACCUUUUCCAGCUAUACCUAUGUCAACACACUCAAAAGAAUUAACUAGCCAUGCUGUUAUAAUGCUAUACGAUGUUACAGCAUCACAGAUAUCUACUUCGCGGGAACUGUGGAUUCGGAUUUCUUCAUUUCAUGUGAGGUUUCUAUUGUAGUCUCUCCCCUGUUUCUGGUGCGUUCUAAUGAUUGUGCUUUAUUACAUUAUAAGAAUUCACCUGAUUUUACUCAUUUUUGGGGAGAAAACUUAUGAAAGACUGUCGUUUUCUGUAAUUUAACAUGGAAUUCAGCUGGUGAACUAAACUCCAUUGACAGUGCUUGAAAAUGUGGACUUGGUCAUUCUAUCUAGUUCGAUAAUAUAUAGGUCGUGGUUUUACACCAGUCUAA